UUUCGCUUCCUCGUCCAGUUCUUUGAGCGACACUUCCUCGUUUCGUGCUGCGGGCCUGAAGUGACGGCGUGACGGCCAUGAAGGACGGCAGCAGCGCGGAAGAGCCGGCGAAGGUUUCCCGACGGGAGCUUUACGGAGAUUAUGUGAACUACUUCCUUCAGCCGGGAGCAGAGGUUCGGCCGUGCUGCGACCCAUCGGUGCUGAAGAAGACGGCUCGGUAUCUGCGGAGCGAGCCGGAGCCCGCGGAGACGUUCACCGUGUUCCCGUUCUACCGGGCUGUGCGGCGGGACUGCGCGUCACCGGGCGCACACGGAAGGAAACACCUGACGGCGUUCAUUAAAGCCACCGAGCUGCUGGAGACGAUCUGCGUCAACCUGUUCCUCCAACCCUGGAAGAAAGAGAUCAAGACACUGAAGACGUUUACAGGUCCAUUUGUUUACGGCCUCCUGCCGGUUUUCAGCAGUUCUACCAUUCAGUCCGUCCUGGGCUCUAUUGGCUACCUGCCCCACACUGACACUCCACACAGUGAAUACAGACUCCGUGAUGAUGUGAACCCCGACAGCGCCAUGCUGCUGGGCUUUGAACUGCUGCUGGCCAGGGUGACAUGUGACCACCUGCUGGAGAUUCUGGAGAAGGAUCAGCUGGAUCUGCCGGAAUUUCUGGAGGUUCUCCAGAGGAGAAUGGACCCGGCACAACUGGAUGAACCUCCGGGGAAGAUAACGAUGGGGCAAAAAGAAGAGGAGAACAAGAAGAUGGAAGAGGCGCAUAGAAAAGAGGUGCCUCUGAUUCUGGACUCCAUGCUUGCAGUGAAACCCCAGCCCAAGCCUCGACGCUGCCACCACACAGGCGUGGACCAGUCCAUCAUGGAGAUGCAGAUGAUCUACCCUGACCUUGCCUUCAGGGGCCGUCCUCUGCGACCGGGCAAACCUCAACGAGCAAACGGCAGCAGUAAAGAUGUUCACGCUCCCAACACCAAUGAUAACAGUGGUGACGGUAAAGCUGCCGAGGUCCCCAAAGUCGCCGCCGCAACUAGACGCAGUAGAAAUGAUGGCAGCAAAGCUGAUGACGUUGGUGACGAUUGCAGAGGCAGUGGUUGUAGUGACAGGAACCGUGGCGGCGGGCCCGCAGCAGGAGACGCCAUUAGCGGCCACGUCGGUACCACUGAUGGAAGCGCAGGUGACGGUGGGCUCAGGGGUCCUCAGGCCCUUUCCCUACACAUCACACUGAGAGCUGCAUCCAUAGCAGAGCAGAGCCUGAAACCUGGAGAGGCUCCGCCCACAGCAGCGCCUCCUGCACAUGCACAGCAGCCGACAAUAGCAGACUUUCAAAACAAGAGAGCGACCAUCCCAACGCAUCCCUCUCUGAGCUCCAUGGACGAGGCGCAGGAGCUGAGAGAGCUGGCAGAGCGCAUGGGCCAGCUCCGUGUGCAAGACGCCAACGAAGACGUGAAGAGCAAAGAAGAAAACAAGAGGGAGGAGGCCACCACAAAUCAAGGGAGGAGUCAGACAGAGGGACCGGCCGAGGAGGAGAACCUCGGUGAGCCAGCAUUGAGCCACGCUGCCGGUAGAGGCUCCAGAUCCUCUCAGUCUGAUCCUGCAGUGACGGAAGAGCAGAGGCGGCAGGCUCGGCGUCACCACUCGACACCGGCAGGUUUCCUGAGCUGUAAAGGAGGAGAUGGUACAGAACCGCUCGGAGUCGAGGGCCCUGUGAGAGCAGAACCAGGCAGAGAUGAGGAGCAGCUGACGAAGAGCUUCGUUAUGGUCGAGCGUCACGAUAAAUAACGUGCGCUCGAGGCUAAUUUACAUAUACAUGUAUUGUUUCUGAAGACAGAGGAUCAGCUGAUCACAUCUGGAUCCGCUUUAAGUCGGCUUUAACAGCUGGAGAGACUUUUGAUCACUGUACUAAUACUAUUAGAGACAGUUAUCAUUACUGUGAUAAUAAAGACAGUUAUGUGUAGAUGGAAAUUAUCAAUAACACAAAACGACUGAGCAAGCCAAAACAAGCCGUUAUCAGUCUGUAUGCCAAGAUUCACCAGUGCAUUAGUAUAUAUUUAAAAGAGCAGAACAUUAUUGUAAUACUCAGUCCAAAUUGUUUUCUAUUAAAUUCCAAUAUUAAUAUUUGAUUGCAUGUGCAAGAGUCAGCAGUGACAGCUAUGCAUUAAUUCACAACUCAGAUUAACCAUCUUGCUAUCAAUUAACCGUUAUGCUAUCAUAAAUCAAAUGCUGAAAUUGAGGGCGAAUUAGAACCCUCAUAGUCCUCAUGAAGCAGAUUACGGGAGGUUUUUUUCUAUAUAUAUAUAUAAUUUAACUGUAGAUGUAUAAUUAGUCAUGAAAAUAUACUGUUAUAAAAAAUUAUUAAUAUUUGAAAUAAAGUGUUAUGAGACUCAAGACCUCUAAAGAAAGAAGCCCUGAAUUCAAAGCUGAGUUUAAAUCUCAUGUACAACUUUUUACAGUUUACAAAGUCUUAAUUUACUUACUUCAUAAUUCUAAAAUGUUUUUUUCACAAUCAUUUUGGGAUAAAUUGACCAAAACGUCUUGGAAUUACUUUGUUUUAAAAAUUAAAAAUAAUUAUGAUUUUC